AAAACAGUUAUGAAAAAGUUUGAGAAUGGAAACAUUGUUGCGAACCGGAAAGUUUAUUAUCAUACUUCUACUAUCUGGCUACUUCUCUUAUUUUCAGGCUCCUCCAAUGGUCACCAAGUAUCUGAACAGAGACACAGUUACUGUUUCUAGAUCUGAGAAUAAACUUCAAUCUGUCCCAGCUUUGACCUUCUGCAUCAAAAAUAAUUUCAAAAACUUAUCCGAUGGCAGUUUAAAUGGUGGAUUCUCAGUUGUGUGUAAUAGUUCAUCAAUUGAAGAGUUGGACCUCUGCUUUGAUAGAUAUACCUAUAAUCAUACAGAAACUGUUCAGAAUGUUCUUCUUGGCAGCACAAAACCUGUAUCCUUUCUAGAUUCCAAAUACUGGACUUCAAAGUUUCAGGCAAAACAAAUGGGAAGAUGUCAUACAUUACAAAUACCAGAGUUACUAAGUGCGAAUGCAGUUGAAAAUAACAUUAUUGUUAGUUUAAAUGCACAAACUGAUCUGCUCUAUGUCACACUGAUUCAUGAUCCAAACUAUUUCUUAAUAGCAUCAAAUCCAUUGACCUAUAGCCGCAUUCAACUUGUACACAGCAAACUACUCUCAACUAACAAGAAUGGAACUGGGGAAACAUUCUUUCUGAGUGUUCAUCAUCAUAAAUAUCUAGAACAUGAUGCAGAUGGAAAUAAGAAAUGUGAUCCUGACCCAACCUUUGACUACAUGACCUGUAUUCAGAAAUAUGGAGCUCGUUCAGUCGGUUGUCAUCCCCGCUGGGAUAACAUAUUUGGUAAUUACCCAAACUGCUCAACAAUGGACCAGAUCAGGCAACAUGAGGAAUUAUAUGAAUUUUACUAUAAUGAGGACAAGAAUACAAUACAAGAGAAAACUGGAUGUUUAAUGCGCUGUGAUUAUUAUGAGUAUAGGUUAGUAGAUGAAAGACAGAAAUUCACUCAUAAAGAUCCAAACUCUUUCAAAAUAAGCAUAAAUUUGGUGUCAAAAACUAAUGAGAAAUUAGACGAAGAACUCAUGUAUCCCUUCAUUUCCUUUAUGGGCGAAUUUGGAGGAUCUUUGGGAUUAUUUUUAGGAGCUUCAUUCUUCAGUAUUUGGGACUUUGUAGAGUACUUUGCCUUUAAGUUGAAGAUUGCUGGGCACCCAUCGACAAAACCAGAUAAUGCUUAGUGCUUGGCUUGGACUUCCAAGCUGAUAUAUUGACGAUGGUGUACUGUAUGGCGCCCUGUUUGCAUUUCAAUUGGUUUAAUGGUUAUCUAUGUUUUUCUUUGUCAAAUGUUUGUUAGAAACUGAUAAAAACGUAGUCUUGAUAAUACGACAUUAAUCCUUGCACUUCAUGUAGUUAAAAUAAAUGCAUAU